AUGAAUGUGCCGGCGCGUGUCGCAUCUUUCGGCGGCGUGGUGCACGCGGCGCGAGGCUCCCGCCUCAGCCUGCCCUGCCUCACCGUGGGCAGACCUCGGCCCGCCAUCGUCUGGACUCACGGGGAGCGGCCGGUGCAGGCGUCGCAGCGGCUGUACGUGGACGACGAGUGGACGCUGCACAUAGAGGGGGCGCAGCCGGCGGACGCCGGCAACUACUCGUGCCGAGCCGAGAACCGCCUGGGCAGCGACUCGCUGCUCUACACGGUCACCGUCCACGAGGUCAGGAACAAGGACAUUCCCAGCACACCUGAAGAUUUUCACGUAUCUUCCACGACUAUUUCUUCCAUCACUCUUGCUUGGAGGCUACCAGAAGGGGGCAAGAAGCUCGCAGCAAUUACAGACUACUGCCUGCAUUACAAGAGAGAGUUCGGCGAGUGGGAGAAGAUAAAGAUUCCUGGAACGGAGACGAGCUUCACGCUGGGGGGCCUGCAGUGCGGCGCCAAGUACCUGCUCUACCUGCAGGCGGAGGGCCGCCGCGGCGACAGCCACCCCACAGACACCAUAGCGGCGCGCACCCAGGGCGCAGGCACAGCUUUGUUGUUCCUUGCGCUGCACAAGAUCAACGCAUCCUUGUUGUACCGUUGA